UCAUGUGAAAAAUUAAAGUAUUAUGUCAUACUGAGGCAUUUUUGUUUUGAUUUCUCCAUACUCUGAGUGAAUAGCUUGUUGAACGAAAAAUACUCGACUGUUUUGUAACUUAAUCUGUGCAUUCUAAAUACAGAAAUAAAGGGUAAGAUUCCUACUUAAUAUACCCUCAUUCAUGUCUACAUGCAUUACCUACUGAAAUAGUUCAGGGAGUCAAGUUUUACACUAUGAUAAUUACAAAAAUGAAACUAUAACACUCUUCAUGAGUAAUUAGAAAGUAAGAACAAUUGAGAUGAACGCCGUAGCAUAAUUAACAAAAAGUGCAUGAAAUGACAACCAGAUAUUUUGAUUCAUUCCAUGUAGACGGUGCUAACGGAAACAAAAAGCUCACCUCUGGGGGGUUGAUGAACAUGCCUAUCGUUAUGACCAAGAAUAUACUUGUUUAACACAUACAAAUAUAAUGAGUAGUUUGUCUAAUUCACAUUGGGAGUAUAAAAUAUGGUAUCUUAUCAAGUUCAACACCACUGUUUGUGUUAGUCUCAAGAAAUACUGAACAUAUCGUUUAAAUACGAUUUCAAACUCAUCAUUUCGUGACACCAUAGCGGAAACAUGAAUUUUGAAUUCAUUCAGAGUUGAAUUGAAAUAGAAGUAGCUAAGGAUCAAAUAUGAAAAGCCUCAGUGAAGAGAUGUUAUGAAUAAUUGAAAAUUUGAUGGAUGCAUAAAUUUCGAUAUAUUUUAUGUUCGUCAAGGUAAAAUAGAUGAGAGAAUAAACUGGUAGUUUUUCAGAGGAAUUAUUGCAAAAUAUCUUUGACAGUGAUGCGUGCAAGGUCAUUAAUGAAUCUUAAAUUUACCACUUUGUUGACACUAAUGUUGAUCGUCAUUUUGUAAUUGAUUUUAAUUUUCUUUUGCUCUUUGAAAAUCUAUUUUCAGUCAUGUUUCAUUCAUUAAUUUUCCAUUCUCACUGUUGUAGUGUCACUACAUUUUUAUCGCUUUAGAAAAUGUGUUCAAACAAUUUCAAACGAACUUAUUAAAUUUUAUGAUCUACAUUUUUGUUGAUUUUUGAAUAUUAGAGGAAGUUAGUAAGUAUUAAAAGCGCUACCUUUUAUCUUUGCUUACAACUUAAUGGUUCACAGUGAGUAGCGUUGGUCUUGAGAACUAUACGCUGUCCGAAGAUUUUUCACUACUUGUUAGUUAGUAAACAAUAGUGACUUAAUGGUUAAAUUAUUUUGCGCUCUAAAUAGUUACUUCGAGUUUCGUUCUUAUAAACGUCUGUAGUCAGAGGCUUCCUUCAUAUGCAUGAAAAUAAGAUUACAGAACUCUAGUUUUUCCACUUCAGUGGUGUUAUCUUGUUAAUAACAUAAAGUUUUGCACGUAUCUUUAAACAAACAUAUAUAUAUAUAUGUAAACAUGAAUGUUUGUGUUUCUAUUCAUUGGAUCAUAUGCUAGUUGUUUUCAUUCAAAAUUAUUUCCGUCUAAAGAAGCGUAUGAUAAAGCUCGGAACUGUAAGUGAACAUAUUUUUACCACUAAUAUACUAGUCAGUUAAAUUCGGUUAUUAUGUAUGCAUUUCUGUGAAUUCUUUCUUGUGCACUGUAAUUUCACUUCAAUUCUGCUUUCCCACUACCAAGAACUUCCUCGGCUAAUCAAAAUUACAGGCAGAUGUGUUUUUAAAAUGCAACUAUUGCGUUUCAUUGCAUAUAUCAUCCCAGUUAUUACUUUGUUAUCAUAUCUGGUUCGAAAUCCUUUGAAAAAAAGUAACUAGAUUACAAUAAUUCAUGUAGAGUGAAGCGUUAAUUUGUAGAUCAGUCAAGUAUGCUAUACUAAUCUGCGUAUAAGUCUCUUAUCAUUUGAGAAAUUGUGAUGUGUUGUGCAUAUUGCUACGUGUAUGGAUUACACCGUUUAGCAUUUAAUGCACAUAAUCUGACGUGAAGGUAAAGCCUGUUUUGAGUGGCUGGCUGUAUUGAAGACAAAAUCGGAGCUUCACAUCAGUGUAUAAGUUUUCCACACCACACACCAGAACAUCAGUAAUCGUCUCUUACCACUGAAUUUCUUGUCUAUACAUUCAUCUAUUUUCCGUAGUUAAACUCCGGUAGAAAAUGACAGAAGUUGAAAGAUUUAUGAAUUUCCAUAUACUCUAUGGACUUCAAUUAAAUCUGGACGGAAAAUAUCUGUUUUGCACUACUUUUAAAACAUGAGGUUUUGAUUAAUGCCAAUUAAUUAUUGAAUUAUUUUUUAUCAUAUUAUUUUGUGUAGUGCUUAAAUUGACUCUUCUCAGCAUUUCGACCUCUUCGAGGAUUUUAGCGGAUUAUUCUGAGACAGAUAAAAUAAGCCCCAAUGUACUUCUGUUAGAACGUUUUUUACACUUUGAAGAUAUUGAAGCUUCGAAGCAGUUGUAGUGAAGUUAAUUGUGUAAUUGUAUUCGUUGAAAUGUUUUAUUUUUACAAUGAUUCCAAGCUCUAAGUAUUACGAUUAAAUGCUAUGUAAUAAUGAGAUCAAAUCAACUAUACUAUACUUAACAACUAGAUGGGUCUUAUUGUUUUGGAAACGGUAACUUCUGAGAAUCAGAACUUUCCGUUUGUUUCUGUUUUGACAUGUACUCUAAGGCAUAAAAAAGAAGUUCAUUUUUAAAUAUGUCCCACAAUUGUAAAAUAUUGAGCUUAGUUGUGUAAUGAAACCAAGAAUGUUUUCCGCAUUCAUACAGAUCACGGUGAGUAUUGCACAGUAAACACCAUCCUGAUUUUAUUGUAGGAAAUGCUUUUCCAAAGAACUAACAUUUUCAUCUUACUUGAAAUGAGGUCGUUGUGUGUCUAGAUAUUAGGAAGUGAUUAAUAGGUCAAUUUAUGUGUGAUAGGACCACAUAGGAUCUCUUUGGUGUUACGAAUUCAUACACGUGAACAUAGUUCCUUACUGUGAAAGUAUUUAGUGAUUACUGAAUGACACAUUUUGUUCAUUAGGUGAUAUUUUCAGAGAUAAUUUCUACUUAAUAAUUCUUAUUAUAAGCAUGGUGAAAAUGCUAUCAUCAAAUCUUGCAACAUUAAUCACACAACAGGCAUCAGAUGGAGCAUUUUUAUUUCCAAUGAUCCCCGUGAAAUAAUUUCCAUGUUAAAUAGAUAUAUUUGCACUUAAUUUUAACCUGUUUACAUGAGAGCACACAUUUAGAAAAAUUAAUCUAAAUUUUUGUCACCAUAUAGUUAUUUCAACAUAUCAGAACAGCUAAACAUUUUUCUUAUUCAUUGAAACUUAAGUUCUUCAAAUUUAUGGGUAGAGAUUCACACAUAUAGAUUUUCUCUGUAAUUAUGUUAAACUACUGAGAAUAUUUUGUAUAUUUAUUGGUUAAUCUUUGUUUGAUGCCAAAUAUUUUAUAUCACAAGUGUUGCUUUCAUAAUACAUUUAAAUUUAUGUGUUCAUUAUUUUUCAGAGAUUUAUGGUAAGUCGUUUUAUUGAUGAGCUUGCUCAUGCUAUUUCAAUACUUUUCGUAAUCAACCAAAUAGAUUGGGGAAUUUUAUUAUAGUUUCAUGAGAUUCCUAGUUGAAGGAUAUAAAACCAUCCUUUUUGAGACACUGCUUUACUAUUAAAGAGUAGUAUUACAUUUUCAGUUACUUCAAUCACUUCACUCGCCAAUGUUGUAAUUUUGACUAUGAAACAUGCAGUGUGACUGCAGUGAAAUUUACUUAAAUUUUCUAGCUGUGGACUCUUUUCUUAUUCGAGAAGUGGUAUGAUUUACUAUAUCAUGAGUCCAUUCUCAUGAGAUCGCACCUCAGUUAAUAUGUUGACAUUUUAUUUUGUCCUUAAUAACUUUCGUCGUAGGAUUAAAAGUUUAUUGCUCUACCCGUUUCACUUAUUCGGCAUACUUUCUUAGGUCAUGUAUAAUUCCGACUGCUCGCUCCUCAUUCUGUGCAUUUCAACUUUGUUAAUUUCUCACUCUGGAUCCCUUCUAAAAUGGUUCUAAUGUUGUCUUUUUGACGCUUUUGACGUCACUCAGAGUUAGACGCCUGAUGAACUAACUCUUUUGACUUAUUUAAAUCAGAUGGAUGACACAAGGCUUAUCUAGUCUACAUUAUUCGAUUUGCAGAUCACCAUUUGACCACACUGUUUAAUUCUAGUCCCUGGAAACUCCACUCAGCGUGACCUAUUUGUAGUGUGUAUAUUUCUCCUACACCAGUGAAUAUAACCUAUCUUCUGAAGUUUUUAUUUUUAAGUAUUGGUUUUUAUUUUUGUUGAAUACAAGUAAUCGAUCAGGUUACUUAAUUGACAACUCGCAUAUUGACUCAUGUUCUAAAUGACAGUACAUUUUACAUGGACUGCAAUAACAAUGCGAGUAUUAUUACAUCUUAUAAUCCUAUAGUUUCUGAAGAGGUUCUGAUUAGCUUCUAGUGGUUGUAGUAAGCUAAAAUUAAUGGAUUAACACCUGUAAUAUUAAAGAAAAAGUCUUCACUUCAAUAAUCCUAGUUCUGAGUAGAUCUUGUGCUUCGGGUUCAAUUCGCUAACAAAUCCUUGCUUUAUUCUACUGAAAAUGUGUAGGUUGAACAUGAUCAGAAGAAAUCUACACUACUUCCUAUCAUAAGUCGCAUCCUUCAGCUUCCUCUGAAUGAGAACAUCAUCGAAAUUAAUGUCAUUUGUUGACUUAACCAUUGGAUAUCUUAUUUUUAAACAAAACACCUUUCGUCUUGGUUCAUAUGGCGUAGUUAACGGUAAAAUCGUGUACAAUAUUUUCAUUAUUGUGCCACGAGGAUCUUUCAAACACUUCUUUUUUUACUUUACAAAAUCAGAGCAUGUCGGUAAGUCAUUAUCCAGCGUUUCAACGUGAUCAUAUGAAAUAUAUUUUUUGCAGUGCUUUUCAUCCACAAGAUGUUACUAAUAUAAUGAAUUAUUUGCACCAUUUCAAGAGGAAGAUAAAAUUUGUCUCGACAUUUUGAAACAGAAACUGGAGGGUCUCCAGCACCUUAGUAGGCAGUAUCAGGCAAAACUCGAUAAUAAACAUGGAUGAACCUUAAAAUUCAAUAAAUUUUGUAGGUGUCAUUUGCACUAUCUGGUGUUUGCUCUACAUAUAACAUAUUGAUGGAUUAUUGAAUUCUAUCACAAUCGGUAAAUGAUCAACACGCCUACUUUGAAAUUUGGAGGUUGUGGGUCAACUGCUUGAUGAGAUCAGGGAUGAGUAAUGCCGAGUAGUUUCAAACUAGGACGUAACUUAAGUUUAGUACUCUCUGCUAUUCAUCGGUUCUCUAACUGAAGUCGUUUUGUAGUCAUUUUCGGUAUCGGUCAAAUUAUGGACAAAUCUACACGCGAGAAACUAUGGGUCUCUGUUCGGAUAGAGAUUAUACAUGGAAAAUGGAUUGAAUAAUCACAACAUAAUUGUCAGUACGGCUAUGUGUGGUAACUGUAGCACAGUAACUACAGUGUUUACGACUAUCAGUGAUACAAUAACCAACACAAAUUCCAGAAAAUUAAUGAAAAGAUCAUAUACAGUUUAUGAGAUAGUUCUACAUAUCAGCUUAGAGUUUAGCCAGUAAUACAAAAUAGACAUCAGGUCAAAUUUUGGAGUUAACAUAGUAGUAGUAUUAUUGACUGAUUUCAGUCAUAUUUACAAAACCACCAUAGGAAAGCAAGUGUCAUAGAAAUAUGUCAGAGUGCUUCUGAAUGAUUAAUGCAAUACAUAUAUGUAAUACGAAAUCAGUUCGUGACUGGCGAAGUUUCAAUCAUACCGACCUUGAGUAUUGUUGCUGCAGUACAGAAAACAAAGGAAAGUAUAUAACAGUUACUUUAUUGAUGCAUUAUGAUGUGCAUAUUCGACUUAAGAGAAUUACUUAUACACUACAC